AUGCAGCCCUCGCUUGUCUUCAAGACACUCCUUUCCUUUAUCGUUAUUGCGGCAGCAUAUCCCACACCAUCGGUGAUGGAGCUUUCUUCUUUGGCUAAGCGUGGGGGGCUUGGUUCUAACCUCGUUGGUUAUUUGGACACUAGGUCCCCCAACGAUGUUAGUCAACCUAGCGUGCCCGGCGGCCCUCCCAACAGCGACGUUUACUACUUGAACACUCGGGCCCCUGACGAUAGUCGCUCCAGCAUUCCUUCCAACACUCCUUCCACCGGUCCUUCCACCACUUCUGGUAAUUCUAACGACCCCAGUCACUCCAGUCACUCCAGCAACACUGCUAAUACCAACGUCGAGUACUUGAGCGUUCGGGCUCCCGACGACAAUACUAGUCACUCCAGCAAUUCUGCCAGUAGUGACGCUGACUAUUUGAGCGUUCGGGCCCCCGACGUUAGCAACACCAGCAACCCUUCUAAUACUUCCAAUAGCAACGGCGAUCAGAGCGAUGGCGACUAG